AUGGAGCUGGAGUACGAGCUGCCCAACGCCACCGCCUUCUGGUUCUCCCCGGCGUCCCCGUUCGACAACUUCUCCCUGGAGGCUCCCACCAACACCUCCCAGAAUGCCACGGGCCAGCACUUCGACCUGACCAGCAACGCCAUCCUCACCUUCAUCUACUUCGUGGUCUGCAUCAUCGGGCUGUGCGGCAACACGCUGGUCAUCUACGUCAUCCUCCGCUAUGCCAAGAUGAAAACCAUCACCAACAUCUACAUCCUCAACCUGGCCAUCGCAGACGAGCUCUUCAUGCUCGGGCUGCCCUUCCUGGCCAUGCAGGUGGCCCUGGUGCAUUGGCCCUUCGGCAAAGCCCUCUGCAGGAUUGUCAUGACGGUGGAUGGCAUCAACCAGUUCACCAGUAUCUUCUGCCUGACGGUUAUGAGCGUUGACCGGUACCUGGCUGUCGUCCAUCCCAUCAAAUCUGCCAAGUGGAGGCGGCCCAGGACAGCCAAAAUGAUCAACGUGGCCGUUUGGGGAGUCUCCCUGCUGGUGAUCAUGCCCAUCAUGAUUUAUGCUGGGGUUCAGCACAACCACGGCAGGAGUAGCUGCACCAUCAUCUGGCCGGGAGAGUCGGGCGCCUGGUACACGGGGUUCAUCAUCUACGCCUUCAUCCUGGGCUUCCUGGUGCCUCUCACCAUUAUCUGCCUUUGCUACCUGUUCAUCAUCAUCAAAGUCAAGUCCUCGGGCAUCAGGGUGGGCUCGUCCAAGAGGAAAAAGUCGGAGAAGAAAGUCACCAGGAUGGUGUCCAUCGUGGUCGCUGUCUUCAUCUUCUGCUGGCUCCCCUUCUAUAUCUUCAACGUCUCCUCCGUGUCCGUCAUGAUCGUGCCCACACCCGUCCUCAAGGGCAUGUUCGACUUCGUGGUGGUGCUCAGCUACGCCAACAGCUGUGCCAACCCCAUCCUCUACGCCUUCCUGUCCGACAACUUCAAGAAGAGCUUUCAGAACGUGCUGUGCCUGGUGAAGGUCAGCGGCAUGGACGAGGCCGACCGCAGCGACAGCAAGCAGGACAAAUCCCGGCUCAACGAGACCACGGAAACCCAGAGGACCCUGCUCAACGGUGACCUGCAGACGAGCAUCUGA